AUGGAAGACCAAAAGAUGCAGUUUCGUCACAUUAUGUUUCGCUGCUUUAAAAAAGACAGUACGCCUAAAAACACUGCAAAAGAGAUUUGUGAUGUUUAUGGUGAUCGAUCUAUAACUGUUCAAACAGUCCGGAGUUGGUUUAGGAGGUUUAGAGCCGGAAAUUUUAAUUUGAAAGAUGAAGACCGCAGCGGUCGUCCAUCCACCACUGAUAUUGACCUUAUCAAGACCUAUCUCGAUGAAAACCCAAAGUCUAGUGUUCGUAAGAUAGCAGAUGCUUUAAACAUUCCGCGAACAACUAUUCACGAACAUUUAACAAAGCUUGGGUACGUUAAUCGCUACGACGCGUGGGUCCCUCAUCAACAGACGGAGAGUAAUUUCCUGAUUCGAAUUUCGAUAUGCAAUUUGCUAAUUCAACGCAAUAAAAGAGAGCCAUUUUUAGAAAAGUUAAUUACUGGAGAUGAAAGUUGGAUUCUCUAUGACAACACUGCGCGCAAGCGAUCUCGAUCGAGUCGAGAUAAAUGUCCUCCAACGGUAGCAAAACCUAAACUUCACCCGAAGAAGGUGCUGCUUUCAAUUUGGUGGGACUGGAAGGGUAUCCUCUACUACGAAUUACUUCCGGAAGGGCAAACGAUCAACAGCGAAAAAUAUUGCACCCAACUCGAAAAACUUAAGGAAGCUAUUAUCACGAAACGUUCUGCAGUGAUGAACAGACGUGGCGUCGUGUUCCACCACGAUAACACUAGGCCACACGUUUCUUUAGCGGUGCGAACAAAACUUCUAGAGUUUGAUUGGGAUGUUUUACCACAUCCUCCAUACUCUCCAGACCUUGCACCAUCGCAGUAUUAUUUGUUCCUCCCCCUAAAGGAUUUUCUUCGUGAUAGAAAAUACAAAUCAGUAAACGAAGUGAAAAACGGCCUUGAAGAAUAUUUUAAAAGUAAGCCAAGAGAAUUUUGGAAAAAUGGCAUUAUGAGGCUACCGGAGAGAUGGCAAAAGGUGGUAGAAUAUAAAGGAUCAUACAUUAUUUAA